AUGGAUGAAAGGAAGUCUAUUUUACAUGAAUUAUAUGUUUAUUCCGAAUGGAAACCAGAACCUGAAUACAUACAAAAACCAGAUAGUAUUUUGCCUGAAAAUAUAUCAGUUUUCUGGCGUUGGGUAAACUUUCUCGGACCUAAGAAGAGUCUAAUUGAUGGGGUAACUGCGCACAUUGAAAAGCAACAAAAGUGGCAUAUAGCUCUUGGUGAUGAGGGCAAAGUCAUUGCUGUAUUAACUGACAAUAUUUUGGAGAUCAGAACUAAAAGGUCAGAGUAUGCUACAAUAGCUGCCAGGACAACUGUGAGUCGAGAUGGAUAUUCUCAAUGGCGCAAACUGGUUUGGAGCCCUGACUGUUCUUUUGUAGUGCUGGCAUAUGGUAACGGAGUUGUCAGCUUUUAUGAUCUAACUGCUUCUAAUUUGUACAACAUUCCAAUAGACUGCUCAAAGCCUGGAGGAUUAGAAUGCUCAGACAACACUCAUGCAGUGGCUAACAUUAUAUUUAUGCCCUUGCGAGUGAAGGAUACUAAAUGGAACUGGGAAGUUCUAGUUGUAACAUACAGCGGCAAGCUUCGUGGGUACAUAGUCUCACAGACUGAUGGUUGCAAGUUGCACCACACAUUCCGCUUUGCGGGUGGAGUGGCUGCCAUUGUGUAUUGUGCGGCGCACUCUACAUUAUACGUUGCUGGUGUGCCGAGAGGACAUGCUAAGGAUCCGAGUUCACCCCUGACCGCUGGCAUCACAGCAUGGCGUAUAGUAAACGAUGAGCCUUUCUAUAAAUUAUCCGUGGUGUCGGACGAGCUAGAAUCACAACUCGCGAAUGACAGAUUCAACUUCUAUUUUCCAUUUGGAUACUCCAAGAAUAUGGCUUUCAUAGUUCAAAUGGAGCUCUCGCCCGAUGGUUCAAGGCUCGUGUGCCUUCACUGCAACGGCGACGUAUCAGUGUGGCGGCUUCCUGUACUGAAGUUGUUGUACCGCUGGCCAUUGGCCAUGCAGCCAGAGCACGACCUAAGGAACCCUCUAGUGAUUGACGAGAAACCAGGAAAGAAAGAUUUGAGUGUGUUCUAUCCGGCGGAUGUUAACUGGUGGACAAAUGAUGAGAUAAUACUAUCGCGAUUCAGCGGUGCUGUUUCCGUAUGUGAUAUAGAGAACAUGGCUAAUAUACUCGGCAAGAAACCGGAAUUCUUUCAAGGGUCGCCACAGAUAACGUGUGCCCACGACGGUACUUUUAUGGUGCUGGAAUGUGAGUCCAAUGUGUUGCCAGCUACAAAAUCGAGUAGCGAUGAGAGUAUGGAAGUGGUGAACAUAGAAAGAGACACGGAAGACACGAUGUUGGAACUGGCCAAGGAACUGAUAAAGUCUGUGUUGUUCGCCAUCACUGACAUAGAGACGUUCCAACCGAAGCCGCGGCGCAUCACUAUAGUGUCACGGGUGUACCGUCUGCUGGGCGUAAAGAGCACUACGCCCACCGAACUGUUUUCUAGAAAGAUAGAGAGCGGCAACUAUAAGGAAGCUUUAACGUUAGCUGAGACAUUCAACCUGGAUAGUGAUCUGGUGUACCAACAGCAGUGGCGGAAAAAUCCUGUCUCCACAGAAGCUAUUAAGAAAUACUUGAGCAAAGUAUCCAAAAAGAUCUGGGCGGUACAUCAGUGCGUUGACCGACUGCCAGAGACUUUACCGGCCGCUAAAGAACUGCUGCAGUUUGGACUUGAACUUACCAACGAAAAGAUAUUGAACGAAAUCAACAAAGAUCGCGAUGAAAAUGAAAUAACGGACACCGAGGACAUCACGCUGGAGCAUUUGAACGCGUACACUAGCGAGCUGCUGCGGUGCAGACACGUCAUGCUGUUUUACAAGGAGAGGCUCAAACUAUAUGAAUUAAUCUUAAAAUACGAAAAAUCAACUUACGUAAAAGAAGAAUAUGACCGUCUCCGAAGCAACAGCGUGGUUCACAGCGCCAUAGAAAUUGCCAAGGAGGGGCGCAUCGACGCACUCUCGUGUCUUUGGCCACACAUCAAGGCUGAGGCGCUGCAGCUGGCCGUACUGGAGAAUUUACCAGAAACCUUAAAUCCCUUGGAUUAUCAACAUUUGCUGCCGACAGAACAAAAAUUCCAAUGGUAUGGUGGGAGAUCUCCGGUCCAGGUGCCGCCUUGUGAGCCCGAACGUGAUUGGUGCCGGAAAGAGAUCUUCAGAUCAAUAUGGAGUUCGAAUUGGUCAGAAGAUUCAACACCAGACAUAGAAAUAGCUGGCACUAUUCCAGCUACAAUAGACGAUCUAGCGAAAUGGUAUGAAAAGAGAGCGAGAGAGAUAGAAGAGCGCACUGGCCUCGUCUCGCACGCUCUGACGCUCGUCACUCUCGCGACGGAGGGGGGAGGUAUCCAAGGCCUGGCAUCCAUAAUGUUCUACUUGGUGACAUUGGACACUGUCAUAUAUGACAUCAAUAUAGAAGGAUACUCGUUGAAUGAAAUUGAGAAAAUGACAACUUUAACAAUAUGCACUCUUCUGAUGGAAAAGUCAACGCCGGAAACUUUCGUAUCGGACUUAAAGACGUAUGUGGUACCAUUCCUGAAGCGAUAUGAGGGAAUUAAGCACAUUUCGGAUUGUGUCGUGACCCACCUCGGCGAUUAUUUAGAGAGCAUCAGCAUCAAUGACCUGUCUUCAAUAUUAUUGCUACUACAAUCUCCCAAAGACUUCGAGAUAGAUCUCCGAACGCAUUUGGAGCUGGUGGAGCGGUGUCUGUUCGCGCACACGAGCACUGACCAACUGGAUAUGGCGUGCGAUUUGCUCGACACUAUACUAAAAGAAGCGGACAACAGCAUAAGCAAUAACGAACUAGUACGUCGGGUGAAGAAAAUAGAGCGUCUCGUGGCAGCCAGCAGCCGGCUCUCGUGGCGCGGUGUCAAGGUGCCGCCGCGGGAUCUCAGAGACCUUAGCCAUGAGCACAAGCCUGUGUACAAUAUUCUCACCAAACUCGCAAGGAGUCUCGCUAUCGGGGAGGAGCGACCAACUCCGCAAGAUUGGGACAGACUGCUAAAAGACAUGCUUGAACUGCAAUGUACUAUAUUUACCUGCGUUACUAAACAAGAGUGUUAUGAGAUUUACGCCUCUUCGCUACUGACGUCCGGUGACGCUGCCAGCAUCAGGUUAGCAGGUGAUGUGUUGACCUGUACGUCAGAUGGUCGGCCACGGAACUCGCAGAUGGUGAACUAUGCUCGCAGCGUUCAAAUAGUCUCCAACGCCGCUAAGGAGUACUUCAACUCGGCCAGCUCUCUAAAUGAUCCUGCUUUGGAAUUAGCUAAAUGCUGCCUAACAUUAAUUAAAGAUGGCAACUUAGAAAUACAACUGGAAUUGGAUUUAAUAAAUGCGUUACAAAUAUUAGCUGCGUUUGGUUUGUCUCUUCUUCCUAUCCAAGUGCGUCUGUGCGAAAAUAAGAUGAGUAUAAUAGAAGAGUGUUUGAAGUUAGAUCCCAUCGCUUACCUGGCGAGUCACAAGCUGCUCAAGUUGGCGGCCUUGUUGAGAGUCGCCGGGGACGACGAACGCCAUAGGGAGGGGAUGGUGCUGUCGCUGGUGGGCGCGUACGCGUUGGCGGCGGGCGCGGCGGGCAGCGCGGCGGCGGCGGAGGUGGCGCUGCGCGUGGCGGAGCUGCGGUACGCGCCGGCCGCGCCGCUGCUGGCCGACGUGGCGCACGCGGCGCACGCGCACGCCGACCGCGCCACGCGCCGACACCUCUACGCCGCCGCGCUCACCUACUGCGACCCCACGCGCAUCGAACGAAUGCUCAAAGCUAGACUCGGUUUAGAACUGGAAGGUUUGCAGCAGAUGGGAGUGACGCUAAAAGAGAACAGCCAUCUCACCGAACGGUGGCCUUCUACUGAUGAUGAAUUUGCUGACGCUAUCACCACGCCUGUAAUAGAGAAGAAAGACCUCGUCGCACCAACACAGCCAGAGAAGAAAAUUCCACUGUUCAACUAUUUACUUGACACAUUCCAAAAUAAAUUUACUCUGAGCGACAACAAAGCGUUGUCGACCGCGGCCACUGAGCGCACGGUGCAGUGCCAGGAGUUCUACCACAGCCUGUACCCGGAGCUGAGCGCGUCGGGCGCGUACUACCGCUACGACCGCUUCUCCAUCCCCGACGCGCUCGCCCAGCACGCCGUCGGGUACAACGUGCUCAAGUGGUUCUACAUACAGAACUCUUUGGAUAACGGCUCCACCGCUGAGUUAGAAACGGAAGUGGUGGGGCGGUGCGCGGAGGAGCUGGUGUACGCGGACACGGCGCUGAGCGUGGCGUGCCUGGUGCGGGGCGCGCGGCGCGGGGCGGGGGCGGGGCGCGCGCACGCCGACGCGCCCGUGAGCGCGGCGCUGUACGCCACGCUGCUGUACUGCAACGCCGCCUCCCUGCGCGACGACGUCUACUUCACCGAGCCCCUCGUGUUGGCCCGUAUGACUCUGAAGCAGAAGAACGCUUCGGCGGAACAGCUGAGCAUGAUCCGGCAAUGUAUCGAGCGACUCACGGGCAUGAGCGAGGUGGAGGCGCUGCGAUCGCUCGGCUACACCGUCAACGGGCUGCUGUUCAACGCUGAUGAGGACUAUCGCCGCGAGAUCAUUUACAGAGUCGCCAGGUCGCUGGAGCCGUCGCACGUGGAGCGCGCGGUGUCGCUGGCGCAGAAGUACAACGUGGAGCCGCUCGACGUGUGGCUGCAGCACGCGAGCAUCGCGCUCGCCGCCGACCCGCCCCGCGCCCUCGCGCCGCUCCCCCCCUCCACCGACACUGCCACUACUGCCAUAGCAGCUCAGCGUAUAAAAGAGGUUCUCUGGCCGGAACUGAGAGGAUCCCAGCACAACGCUCUGAUCAUCUACUUCACGCUGCUCAAGAGUGUAGAUGAGAAAACUCCCAUCAAUGGCCUCACACCAGCUGAACAUAUCAAACUGUUAAAGAAAGCUAAGGCAUCGUCAAAUGAGUUGGAUUACAAGCUGCUCUUAGAACAGCCGUCAGCAGAACAGUUCACUUCCCACAUCCUGAACAUCAUAAAGGCAGAGAAUGUGGGCAUAGUGACCAAGUUUCUGCGCAGCCUGCCGCCCAUCUUCAAGCUGCCGGUGUCUGUCAACUGUUUAUACACUAAAUGGCUCAAGAAACAUUUCUUUAGCGUGCCGCUGAACGCUCCGAGCAAGAAGUGGAUGCAGCAGUACCGGCAGUGCGCGAGCUACUUCAACAAGCUGUCCAAGGAUGACCUGCUGCAGUUCGUGGCAGACACCUGCUUCUCUGAUGAGGCCCUCGAACGAAUUUCGGUUGGUACGCGCAACUUGAUGAUAAUGCAAGCCGUUGACUACUGUCAGCAGGAACAAGAAAACGACUUCAAGUUUAACAAAAAUGAACAGACGUGGGCCCAGGUGGGGCAGGAGCUGACGCGGUGGGCGCGCUUCCUCGAGAACUUCCACUCGACGCCCAUACAGAACCUCAUCGAAAACAGUGGCGUGCCCAGGAAUGAUAUAUGGAAUGAGAUAGAGAGAAGUCACGGCGAGGCGGAGGCCGUGGUGUCGUGCGCGGGCCGGCUCGUGAUGUCGGGCGACAUGCGCGUGGCGGCGCUGAGCACGCUGAUGCAGUGCCUGCGCGUGGACGCGGACCCGCCGCGCGUCUUCCGACACAUCGUCACGCACAUGCUGCACGACUCUGACGCUGCACACACUCUAUGCACUCGCCUAACUCAGUACCACAAGGACGGGGUGAAAUUCCCCGAAGAGUUAUUGGAGAGCACUCUUCAGAAGGCCACCCAGUUCGGUCUACCUCCACACAAACAGGUCAGCCUUCUGUCGCUCAGCCAGCGGGCCAAGGUCCACGACGGCCAUGAUAUGAUGAAGAUGGCGGAAUUCUCUGUGGAACUGCUCCGCAACGAAUGGGGGAAUUCUGAGCACAAAGAAUACACUGAUGGACUGACAGGAUCAUACUUGAUGAGCGAGGAAGGAAGACGAGAGACGUUCAAUAAAUUUAUGUCGCUAGCUAACUCUUGGCAGCAGUUGAGGCUACUGGUAGACGUAAUCAACUGCUGGCCUCCCACUAGAGCCAGUGAAUUCAGGAGCUUACACUGCGAAUACUUGAAGUUCUUGCUCGGUAACGUUGGCGACGAGAAGGAUACCUUGGUCCUCAUAAAACUCUUAGUGAAGAGGGGGAUCUUUGUAGAUGAGGAAAUUGACUAUCUUAUCCAAGAUAUACCAUCGCAGUAUGUGCUGCUUGUUAUUUGGGUGAUUUUACUAAACAAAUGUGACGAUACUGACUCGCGUAUAUUAAGCUUAAUACAUGAGGAUAACGAAUUCUUGCAGCAGCUAGAAGAAAUAGACAACGAUCUUAUAAAGGAAUUACUAGACAGCAAUUUCUUCUUACAACUUGUGUCAACACCUAUUUAUCCCCAUAUUAUUAACUACAUCCUUACCAUGGAAAUUCCUGGCGAAGAGCUCGAACCAAUACAGUACACAACCGAAUGGGCGAUCAAAGAACUCCUGAAAGCUAACUUCGUAGCAGAGGCUGAAAUUAAAAUAAACACACUUAGAAAUAUGCUGAGCGCAAUAAGAAAUACUCUGCGAGUUCCUAGUAUUAGCGUGGCGCGGUUCUUUCAAACGUCCGCUCCACAAUCGUCAGAAAAGUUCGACCACAAGAGAAUUCCAACUGAAGAUGAAGGUGUUCAGGGUGAAAAGCUCGUGGAUCUCGACGCUGUACUAAAAGCAAAACAAAACCUAUUUCCUACUCUAGAAUCAGAUAACUUAAUAUUUGGCGGUUUAGCUUACAAAGAUCUACCUAUUUGCAACAUCAGAGUGACCCACAACAACACAAUAUUCACUUUCACCGAUGCUCUGGGCUCAGUCAAGAUAAUCAGAUCCUGUGGCAUGGAGGGUUUCAAAAAUACUAAGAAAGGAACUAAUAUCGCUGCUCAGACAACUGCUAUUGGUAUAGCUAUGAGAGCUAUUGACAAAGGUUUUAAAACAAUUAGAGUUAGGGUCCAGGGACUGGGGCCAGGUAGAUUGGCUGCGGUCAAAGGGCUGCAGAUGGGAGGACUUGAUGUUGUAUCUAUUACUGAUAAUACACAUGUUUCUUGGAACCCACCAAGACCAAGGAAAGCCAGAAGACUGUAA